AUGUGGCAAUUUUCGACUUCACUGUGCAUUUUUUUGCUAAUUCUACGAAAUUCGAAUUGUUUCGACUAUGACUCAAGCUCCUCUGAAGAAGAUGAUGAUCAUUGGCAGUGCGGGACGGACUUUCUGACUAAAACGAUGAGCGAGGGACAGAUUGAGACCGAUUGCCCGACGUUGAAAGAGCCAAUCAACAAUUGCUGUAUUUCCCACGAUUUAUGCUACGAUCAGCAAUUGGGGAAGAAACACUGUGAUGAUGUCUUUUGCAAGUGUUUAAUGGAAGCCUCCCGCCCAUCGACAAUCUGUUACAAAGAGGACGCUCCCCUAUUUUGUGCUCUCGUCGUCAAAUUCGGCGAUGAGGCAUAUGUCGCUUCCGGGAACAAGACUGGAAACGCCACCGAGUCAGCUAAGCCAAAGGCGACAAUCACUUUCCCGCCUCGUCCAGUCAUCCACGAGAUUCUCGUCCCGAAAGCACAACAACAAGCCCAUCGAAUUCGACCAAAAAUCGCUCCAGCUUCAAGCCAAGCUAAGCAGAGUUUCUCUGGUGUCAGUGCUGAUCGAAUCCUACUCGUCAAUCGACCACUCGAUUUGUCGGGAAAUCCGAAC